AUUCGACUAAUCGACGGAACGUAUAAAUAAACGCCGAUUAUAUUCGUCGCAACAAACAUUCCAUUAAUUAAUCACAUUCCACAUUCAUAGAAUUCAUAUGAGAGCCAUAUAAGUCUCGACUCGAAUUAUUUUUGAUGAAAAAAAAGUACAGUGAAAAUACGGAGCCAAAGUGUUGCAGCCCCAAUAGCCAGCCGUAGUAUAUUAAUCAUUAACCAGUGUCCAAUUUAAACCCGCCUGAAUUGAAUAUUUCAUAAGAAACUGAAGAUGGCAACUGAACAAAAGAAACCGGCAUACAUUAAGUACCUGUUCGGCGGUUUAGCUGGGAUGGGUGCAACGACGUUUGUGCAGCCACUGGAUUUGGUGAAGAAUCGUAUGCAAUUGCAAGGUGCUGGCGGUGGUAAAAAGGAAUAUAAAAAUACAUUCGAUGCAUUGACGAAAAUUUUACGAAACGAAGGCGUGACUGGCAUUUAUAGAGGGCUUGGAGCUGGUUUUAUGCGUCAAGCCACAUACACGACAACUCGUUUGGGUGUUUAUACUGGUCUUAAUGAUUCAUACAAAAAUAAAUACGAAGGACAACCUGGACUGUUGGCUUCAAUGUUGAUGGGAAUAAUCGCCGGUGCAACAGGAGCAUUUGUCGGCACACCUGCUGAGGUGGCAUUGAUUCGAAUGACAGCCGAUGGUCGUUUGCCGAUAGCUGAACGACGCAACUAUACGGGUGUGUUUAAUGCAUUGGCUCGUAUCACCCGUGAAGAAGGUGUGUUAACACUAUGGCGCGGUUGCAUACCAACCAUGGGCCGAGCGAUGGUCGUCAAUGCCGCACAAUUGGCAUCAUACAGUCAAGCCAAACAAUAUUUGGUCCGCAGUGGAUACUUCACUGAAGGUAUUAAAUUGCACUUCGUUGCCAGUAUGAUGUCUGGCUUCAUCACAACGGUUGCAUCGAUGCCCGUGGAUAUUGCAAAGACACGGCUGCAAAAUAUGAAAGUCUCGACCGAUGGCAAAGCAGAAUACCGUGGAACGGUCGAUGUGUUAUCACGAGUGGUGCGUCAAGAAGGAUUAUUCGCCCUAUGGAAGGGUUUCACACCGUACUUCUGUCGCUUGGGACCACAUACCGUACUCACAUUCAUUUUCCUCGAACAAAUGAACACCGCAUACAACAAGUAUGUGCUUGGCAUCUCAGGAGGUAGCUCAGGAUUGUAAAUAAACCCCCACCGAAUUAUCAUCUUUAGGUUUACAUCCAAAAUGCUGAUACUUGUUUUUAUUUUUAUUUAUCACAAAAAUUGUCAUUCAUUUCAAAGGCAUUGUUGAGAAAAACACACACAUGAAUUGUACUUUAGUUAUGUUUAUGCAUAACACUUUUGGUUUGAUAAAUCGCAUAACGAUUAAGUUGACCUUGAGGAAAAAAAACACAUUGACUUGAAGAAGAAAAACAUAUUGUUUCAAUGAAAUUUUUAGAUGGAAAAACUUGACAAUUUCAUAAACGAUCAAUUCAAAUCGAUAUUGUUGCUUGCAAGAUUUUUAUUGAUCCAAACAAAAUGCUAUUCAUGAAAAUGCCAUUUAUUUAGUCUCGAUUCAAUUGUGCUUUUUUCUUCUUUUUUUAAAAAACAACGAGAGCCAAUUCACAGAAAAAACGCAAAAAAAUAAAACAAAGCAUAAAAUCAAUUGCACAAAUAAAAAAUAAACAAACAAAAAGUUAUCUAAUCGCUAAAAAUAUAGUAGCAUGUGUGACACAUUGCGCAAAACUGAUGCGACAAAAAAAUCAUUGUUAAAAACAAUUUUUUUUAAGCUGUCUUCCCGGCUCAAAACAAUGUCUCAGUAUGAAAUACUGGCUCGUCAUAAAAUACGCGUUGAAACAAGCAUAGGACAAUAAAAUUAAAAGGAAAAUUGUUGUUUAAUUUGUAAUACUAUAUUCCAUUUUAUUUAUUUGAUGACAACCGGUCUCAACGGGUUAUUCAAUUAUUUGCUUAAAUAAAAAUAUUUCAAACUAUCUUAUCCGCAGGAAAACUAUCAAUUAAAAUUGUUGUUCACUAAAAAAACUAUUUCAAAUCGUUUGAAAAAUUAUAUAUGAAUAAAAUUAGUUUCAAACUGA